UCAAAGUGGCUGAUGCCAAAAUUUCUGCAGAGGCGCGGAAGAGGGAAAAAAAAAAGCUCGCCGGAGAGGAGCGCAAGCAGACAGAGCCGCUGAGAGCUGCCACGCUGCGCUGCGAACAGUCUGUCCGUGAGCUGGAGGAGAGCUGGAGUUUCUGAGGUGGUACAGGAACAGCAAGACGCGACCCCCCCUCCUCUCCUCACCAUCCUCUCUCUCUCUCUCUCUGGGUUGGAGGGAUAAAAAAAUAUAUAUAGUCCGAGAGUACGUCAAACCCGUGGACGCUGCGUUAUCAGAGAGCAACGGAGGCUGACGCGAGACAAGUACAAAGGAGAGUGGAGCCGCCGAGUCCAAGUUUAUUCCUGCGCUUCGCUCCAAAACGCCGCUGCGCUGCGCUGAUGGCAUCCGUACUUGGAAACAGCAGCCGCGCGUCGGGGGCUCAGAGCGGCCAGGUCAAAUGCAAGCUGAAGCGGAGGAGGAGGAGGCGAUCGAAGAGAAAAGAGAAAGUCAGUAUGCUGUCAGCAUUGAUCGCUCCCUUCAAGUACAUAAGCCCUGGGACCAACAGCACAGAGGACGAGGACAGUUUAAGCACCAGCAGUGCAGAGGUGAAGGAAAACCGUAACAUUGGCAACCUGGAGGAUCGCCCCAUAGGAUCUGGAGAGUGCCAGUCGCUUUUCUGCUCCGACUCUACAAGAAGUGGGAGCUCUGGUCUGAAAAGGAAAAGACCACUGGAGGAAGACAACAACGGGCACCUGUGUCAGCUCCGUCUGAUCUAUAAGAAACUGUCCUGGUCUGAGGCUCCAAAGAAUGCGCUGGUGCAGCUGAAUGAGCUGCGGCCGGGCCUGCAAUACCGCAUGGUGUCUCAGACAGGUCCCGUCCACGCUCCCGUCUUCUCCAUCGCUGUGGAGGUCAACGGGUUGACCUUCGAGGGCACCGGUCCCACGAAGAAGAAAGCCAAGAUGAGGGCUGCAGAGUUGGCCCUUAAGUCCUUCAUCCAGUUCCCCAACGCUCCUCAAGCCCACCUGGCCAUGGGAAGCAUCUCAAACCCUUCCGCCGACUUCACCUCAGACCAGGCCGACUUCCCUGACACGCUUUUUAAGGAGUUCGAAUCGUCGCCGUGCUCCGAUGGCCUCUCGUUGUGCAACGCAGCAACCGAGAGUGAGUUGCUAUCGAGUGAGCUGCUGAGACAUGGACGGUUGCUUCGCCACACCUUGGACCUGAUGGUGCAGGCUCAGCAGAGGCUAGGUGGGAUUGUCCCAGAGCCCGAGGCCCCCAAGAGCCCCGUGGCGUUGCUCAAUGAGCUUCGGCCGGGCUUGCACUACGCCUGCCUUUCAGAACGGGCUGAAGGACGACGACUACGUAGCUUUGUGAUGGCGGUGCGCGUGGACGGGCGGAUAUUUGAGGGCUGUGGGCGCAGCAAGAAGCUGGCCAAGACCCAGGCGGCCCAAUGUGCUCUUCAGGACCUCUUCAACAUCAGGACAGCCCCUGAAGGGAGGACGGGCCUCAAAGCCAGCAGGAAGAGUUGUCCUCAUUUACCCCAGGACUUUGCCGAUUCAAUAUUCCACUUGGUGAGGGAGAAGUACCGGUUGCUGGUGGGCGGCUGCAGUCCUGCGCACGCUCGACACAAAUCCCUGGCAGGCAUCGUAAUGACCCGAGGUUUGGACCUGAGGCACGCCCAGGUGGUGGCAUUAUCCACAGGCACCAAGUGCAUCAACGGAGAGUAUCUGAGUGACCAGGGACAAGUGGUCAAUGACUGUCAUGCUGAAGUCACAGCCCGCAGAGCCCUGCUACGCUUCCUCUACUCUCAACUUGAACUCUUCUUAAGUAAAAGGCCAGAGGACUGGGAGGAGUCGAUAUUCGUGCGUCACAAAGAGUGCAGCUACAGGUUGAGAGACAACGUCCAUUUCCACAUGUACAUCAGCACGUCGCCGUGUGGAGACGGGAGGCUCAACUCGCCAUACGAAAUCACCACCGACCUACACAGCAGCAGACACCUCAUGAGGAAGCACCGGAACCACCUGCGGACCAAAAUCGAGUCAGGCGAGGGGACUGUGCCGGUGCGAUGCCGAGGACAUGUCCAGACCUGGGAUGGAGUCUUACAGGGUGAACAGCUCAUCACCAUGUCCUGCACCGACAAGAUCACCAGGUGGAACAUCCUGGGCCUGCAGGGGGCGCUGCUGAGCCACUUUGUGGAGCCUCUGUACCUGCACAGCGUCACCAUCGGCAGCCUGCGCCACACGGGUCACCUGAGCAGGGUUCUGAACCAGCGGCAGGAGAGGCUGGGCCCACUGCCGGCUACAUACAGACGCAACCAGCCGCUGCUCAGUGGGCUGAGCUGUGCCGAGUACCAGCAGCCGGGGAAGGCGUCGUGUGUGAGCGUCAACUGGACGAUGGGCGACACACAGCUGGAGGUGGUAAACACUGCGACGGGACGGAGACGGGACUCAGGGACAACCUCACGUCUCUGCAAACACGCCCUGUUCACCCGCUGGAACAGACUGUACCGCAAGUUGGGGAUCCACGUGUCCGGCUCGGCGGACCGCCAGCUCAUGUACUGCGAGGCCAAGAUGGCGGCGCGUCCGUACCAGACAGCCAAGCAGCAGUGGUUCAGAUCGCUGCAGGAAACAGGCCUCGGGACCUGGGUGAAAAAGCCGCCCGAGCAGGAACAGUUCCUGCUGUCGGUCUGAGCAGAGGACUGUGUGUUUGCUUUUGACAUUUACUUUUUUAGGGUAAGAUGAUCCAUAUUUCACACCUUCGUACCUGGAAGUUCCCCAGUGUGACCUCAAGGCCGUGUGUGUGUGUGUGUGUGUGUGUGUGUGUGUGUGUGUGUGUGUGUGUGUGUGUGUGUGUGUGUGCGCGUGUGUGUGUGUCGUUUCACUCCGGAUGUGCCACCUCGUCAACCCACCGCACGGAGCGGAAGGUCAAGUGGAAUGAAAAGGGACGUAAAAAGACUUUUUCUCGACACACAGGUUUAAGCAAACAGCCACCUAAAUACCCCCUCCUCCUCCUCCUCCUCCUCCUCCUCCUCCUCCUCCUCCUCCUCCUCCUCCUCCUCCUCCUCCUCCUCCUCCUCCUCCUCCACCUGUCAUGGAAGGGUGGGGUAACCUUGAGCAGAAUGAAAGGCAGCCGCUAUCUUGUCAUCAGCUAUUUCCGGGCCCCAAGGCUCCCGCUGAGGAGCAGAGCCACGGGGGAGAGAGGGGAGACAGACAGAGACACAGAAAGAGAAAAAGAAGAGAGAGACAGAGAGAGAGAGAGAGGUCCACGUCCAAUUACCGGCCCUGUCAGGGUGACGGCUGAUAGAGAAAGAGGAAGGCAAGAGAGGGUGAGAACAGAGAGGGACACGCCGCCUCACCUUCCCCUCUCUCAUUUCUAUCUUUGUCCUCCUUCUCCUGACUCACCCUUUGACUCUCCAGCUCUACCUCCUUUGCGCUCUUUUCUGUCUCCUUCUCCCUCCUCCCCUCCCUCUUGCGCCUUUCAAGCGUGGUGGAGUUUAACACGACACAACGACAGGUUAAUACACCCUUCCUUUUCUUUUUCCUCUCAUCCUCGCCCCACUGGGGGGAGAGACAUGAACGCAGUCGUUACAGUUCAGCAAAGUGG